AUGGCGACGCGAUUAGCCGGCGGCGGAGAUACGAUGGCGGUGGAGCAUUCAUCAUCGAACCAAACUCAUCCGACUCUGUACAACAAGCUGAAAGAAACUGUCUUGAAUACCACAAUUGGCGGUGUCUUCGGAGCUGUUUCAGGCGGUAUAGUAGGAAUGGUCAUCAUCGCCCCAAUAGGCCGGCGUUACCCUCAAGUCCUAGCCCCACUGAGUCGAACUCAGUACGCUCGUCGGUUUGCUCGGGAGUAUUCGGCUUUAUCCGCUGCAAUGUGGGGAAUUGAAUCCAUAAUGCUUGGAAUCAGAGGCAAAGAUGAUCUUACAAAUAGUUUGGUCUCAGGAUCAGGUGCUGGCUUGGCAUACUCUUUUGUGAGACAUGACUUGAAAGUAAAGCCUGCACAUGCACUCUCCUGGGCUGCUUAUUUGGCUGUUUUGUGUGGGACAAUGUAUAAGGUGAUUGAUUUUGAUACUUAUGAUGAGGCCAAUCCUCUAGACUUAGAAACGCAAGAAGGGCCUUGUUGCAUAAAGGGCUGA